AUGGAUCCGUUGAAAUUUUUGAUGGAGUCCCCUGCUUUGACUGGCAGAUUGGCUAGAUGGCAGAUAUUGUUAUAUGAGUUUGAUAUUGUCUAUGUGAGUCAAAAGGCAAUAAAAGGGAGCGUUAUAGCAGACUUUCUUACAAGUCGUGCCUCGGAGGAUUAUGAGUCUUUGAACUUCAAUUUCCCAUAUGAAGAUUUAAUGUGUGUUUAUACCGAGAAGGAGAGCUCCGAAGGCAACAAAUCUUGGACUUUGAACUUUGAUGGUGCUUCUAACGCUUUAGGAAAUGGAAUUGGGGCAGUGUUGAUUUCCCCAGAGGAGAUUUAUUAUCCUCUCACAAGAAGAUUAGAUUUUGUUUGCACCAAUAACAUGGCCGAAUAUGAAGCUUGCAUUAUGGGGUUAAAAGCAGCCAUUGAAAGAAAGAUCAAAACACUCAAAGUAUACGGAGAUUCCUCGCUAGUUGUGUACCAACUAAGGGGAGAAUGGGAGAUGAAAGACUUAAAGCUAGUCGAAUACAGAAAUUUAAUCCUCGAAUUACUAAAAGAAUUUGAGGAUGACACGUUCAGAUAUCUCCCCCAAGAGGACAAUCAAAUGGCAGAUGCUUUAGCUACCUUAGCAGCAAUGUUUAAAGCUAAUAAAAGAACAGACAUGAUGCACAUAACAAUGCAAGUAUACGAGACCCCAACCUACUGCUAUCACUUAGAAGAAGAAAUAGAUGGUCAUCCAUGGUACCACGAUAUCCUACAAUAUAUGAGAUACCAGACUUAUCCCCCCGGUGCAUCUAAAAUUGACAAGAAAACCAUCAGAAGAAUGGCAACCAUGUACUUCCUUGAUGGGGAAAUCUUGUAUAGAAGGGGCAGUGACCAAGUUUUACUGAGAUGUGUAAAUGCCAAAGAAGCAAAGAAUGUGAUGGAAUAA